AUGUCAGUUAUUACAACAGAAAGACAAUUUGUUAAUACUUAUAUUGAAUUAAUAUCAUUAUCAAAUAAACAAUCAUCAAUUGAUAUAGAUUAUAAUAAAUUACAAUCUUUGGGUCCAUCGUUACCAAAAUAUAAUUAUAAAUUUCCUCCAAGUACCGCGAAUAACGGUGAAAGUUCGUAUUUAUUGAAAUUCAAAUCCAUUAAACCACCAUUUAAGUUCACUACAGAGUUAAAAAUAACAUCAAAUGAAUCAAUAUAUAAAAUUAAAUCAUUAUUAAUUGAUCAAUUAAAUUUGAAAAAAGAAGGAAUAUCUCCAAAUGAUAUUAAGUUUUUAAUCAAAUCAAAGGUAGUUAAUGAUUCGAUAAAUAUAGAUAGUUUAGGUUUAGGGUCAAAUGAAAUAUUAAUUAAUUGUAUGAUUACUCCUUCAACUAAACCAAUAGAAGAAGAUCAAGAUCAAGAUCCAGAUAUAAGCGAACCAUUGACAAUUAGUGAAGAUUCAUGGAAUAAAAUAUAUGAAAUUAUACAAUAUAACAUUAAAGAUGUUAAUAAAUCAAAAGAAUUGAUUGAGAAGUUUAAACUACAAAUAUGA